CUCCUGAGUGCCCAAUAUUGAAAGCAGAAGGACAUCACUUCACCCAUCUGUGCAAAGAAAACUUAAGGGUUUCAGGUUUUGAUUUAGCAGAAAGCUUCUCUUUGAGGCAGACUUCAUGUGGAGUUGAAAAACCAUGUUUUAAACUGGGGAAUGCACCUCUUAUCAAAGAUUCUCAGCAAUUGUUUCCAAAUGGGUUCCCAGAGGAAUACUUCAUAACAGCCACAUUCCGUGUCAGAAGAAACAGCAAAAGAGAACGCUGGUAUUUACUGCAGAUUUUAGAUCAGCAUAAUUUGCCACAGGCUUACAUCUCAAUUGAUGGUUUAAAAAAAGCUAUAGAGUAUGUCAUGCAAUCUACCCAGCGGAACUCCCUGCGCUAUGUCUUUAAAAGCCGCAAAAUCUAUCCUAUCUUUGACCGUCAAUGGCAUAAGCUUGGCAUCAGUGUGCAAUCAAGGAAGAUUUCUCUUUAUGUGGACUGCAGCUUAAUUGAACAAAGGAUGACUGAGGAAAAAGCUAGCCCUGACGUUCAGGGAAAGAUUCUCAUUGCUACUCAUUAUUUAGACGGCAAACCUGUGGAUAUUGAACUUGGCCGCCUGAUCUUACACUGCGAUCCAAGCCUUGCUCCUCAGGAGAACUGUUGUGAAUUAUCUGAGCAUGUGCAUCCUUUGGAGAAAAGCUUGAAAACUACUGCAGCAUCACCAUCAAUCGGUCACAUUGGUAAAAUACAAGCUCUUCCAAUUAUGGAAAAAAAUUCUGAAGGGAAGUGUUUUUGCUCUCAGAACAAGGGAGAAGCAGGACGGCCAGGGGUAGCUGGUUUGCCAGGCCAGAAGGGAGAAAAGGGUGAAGAAGGAGCUAAAGGAGAAAAUGGCAUUCCUGGUUUGCCUGGAACAAAGGGCGAAGAGGGUCUGAUUGGUGUUCCUGGUGUUCCUGGUACUUCUGGUGAAAAGGGUGAACAUGGCUUGACAGGGGGGGAAGGUGAAGCGGGAGAAAAGGGUGAAAAAGGAGAAAAAGGAAUAGAUGGCAUACCUGGAAGAGAUGGCUUAAAAGGUGAUGUUGGUGAUCAUGGAAUAACUGGUGCAAAGGGAGAAAAGGGUGAUAUGGGACCUCCAGGACCUGCUGCCCUUGCAAGUGUGCCAGAAAUAGAAGGCCCCCAAGGCCCACCUGGAAAAGAAGGUCAGCGGGGACGACGAGGCAAACCAGGACUCCCUGGAACAGCAGGACCACCAGGGCCACCUGGCCCUCCAGGUGUUCCAGGAUUUCAAUAUUCCUUUAAAGGGCAGAAUUAUCAGAGUCUUCGAGAUGAAAAGGGAUUAAAAGGUGCAAAAGGAGAAAAAGGAGACCCAUCUGAAAAAGGAGAAAAGGGGGACUCUGGUGAAGCAGGAGAGUCAGGUCUUCCAGGGUCUAUUGGAAAUCCAGGACCUUCGGGAAUUCCAGGACCACCUGGCGCCAGAGGAUCUUCAGGAGAAAUGGGUUUACCAGGAGAAAAUGGAAUACCUGGAAAACCAGGGAUCAAAGGAGAAAAGGGAGACUCUGGUGGAAUCAUAGGCCCACCUGGGCCUCCAGGUUCUAAAGGUGACCCAGGGCCUCCAGGAUUAAGUCUUCCAGGAAAACCAGGAUUAGCUGGUGUUCCUGGGACAAUAGGUCCACGAGGGCCUAAGGGAGAAAGGGGGCUCCCUGGAGUGCAGGGUCCUCCAGGAGAGAUGGGGCCAGCAGGGAAUGGAACCCCCGGACUACCUGGUCUUAAAGGGCCUCCUGGGACACCAGGAUACCAAGGACCAAGAGGGCCUCCUGGAUUACCUGGGACUCCUGGAACUCCUGGCCUUAAUGGUAUUCCAGGACGAGAUGGAAAGCCAGGAAUCCCAGGCCCUCCAGGUGACCCAGUUGCUCUUCCUCUCCUUGGUGAUAUAAGUACUUUAUUAAAGGGAGAUCCUGGUCCAAGAGGUCCCCCAGGGAUCCCAGGAAGAGAAGGGUCAAAGGGGAGCAAAGGGGAACGUGGAUUUCCUGGUCUUCUGGGAGAGAAAGGUGAUGAGGGCCUUCAAGGAAUUCCAGGCCUGCCUGGUGUGGCAGGACCACUAGGACCUCCUGGCGCAAUAGGAAGACCUGGACAUCCUGGUUCACCAGGAACAAAAGGCGAGAAGGGAAGUGAGGGUUCUCCUGGGAAGCCUGGACCACCUGGUAUGUCAUAUAGUGAAAGUAAUGGCAUGAGCAGCUUAUAUAAACUACAGGGAAGUUCUAGUUAUGCUGGUCCCCCUGGGCCCCCUGGCCCAAAGGGGGAGACUGGAGCAGUGGGUGAAGCGGGCCCAAUGGGACUACCAGGGUUAGAAGGAUUACCAGGAGAAAAGGGUGACCAGGGAUCUUUGGGUUCUCCAGGAGUUCCAGGAAUACCUGGAAAACAUGGCGCUCCGGGGCCAUCAGGAAUCCCUGGAGAACCUGGUGAAAGAGGCCCUGUUGGAGAGGUUGGCUUUCCAGGGCCAGAAGGGCCACCAGGAAUACCAGGCUUAAGUGGGAAAGAUGGAUUGCCUGGUCCUCAGGGUUUAAUGGGUAAACCUGGUGAUAGAGGCCCCAAAGGAGAACGUGGUGAUCAAGGUAUACCUGGAGACAGGGGCCCACAAGGUGAAAGAGGAAAGCCAGGCUUACCAGGAGACCAAGGGCCCCUAGGACCUACUGGAUCUGCAGGGCAAAAAGGCAAUCUAGGACCUCCAGGAGCAAAGGGCUCUCCAGGUGUCCCAGGAACUCCAGGAAUACCAGCUGAUUCAAUUUCAUUUGAGGAAAUGAAAAAAUAUGUCAGACAGGAGGUUCUUAGAGUUUUUGAAGAGAGGAUGACUCAGUUUGUGUCUCAGCUGAAGUUGCCCGCUGCUAUGCUAGCUUCCCAAACUCAUGGGAAGCCAGGUCUUCCAGGAAAAGAUGGAUUACCUGGGCCACCUGGGGAACCUGGACCACCAGGCUACAGAGGACAAAAAGGUGAAAGAGGUGAGCCUGGAAUUGGCUUGCCAGGUGAUCCUGGCCCACCUGGUCCUACAGUUACUGGUAUGCAAGGCCCACCCGGAGCUCCAGGAGAACCAGGUGUGCAGGGACUACCGGGCCGUGUAGGAAGAUGCAAUCCAGAAGAUUGCUAUUACCAAGUUUCUCAAAGUCAGUCCCAAAGAACUGGGAAAUGA